AUGCAGUCCAUCGUAGCAGCCGCCCUAGUCCUCGUCACCGCUCCUCUCGUUGUUGGCCACGGUCAGGUGAACCGGGUGACUGCAGGCAGCAACUCGAAUAAAGGCCCAAACCAAUACUGGUCGGGAGACGCUGCGAACGGCAAGACGGUUACGCGUCUGAUGUACAAGUCGUCUGCCCCCGCCUACGUUCUUUUCGGUGAUUUUGACAAGAACUCGAAGAUGUCGUGCGAAGCAUCAAGCAAGGCGCCAGCUCCCAAGACGCUCAAAGUGUCGGCUGGUGAAAGCAUAACGGUCUACUGGGAAGGCGCUACCCCAGAACUUAAAGGCAAGGGAGGAACAGGCGGUCUGACAGCCUACAACCCUUGGGUUCACGCUAUGGGCUUCGUCUUCGACUACAUCACGUCCUGCAAAGGCGACUGCACCUCCUUCGACGCCACGAAUGCAGGGUGGACGAAAAUCGCUCAUGCGGGACUCGAUAUGAGCCAGACCAUUUCGAGCUCGUUACGGCAGACGAUGAAGGGGAAGCCCGAAGCUUACUUCCCCAAGAGUGGCCCUGGCCUGUGGGGAAUGGCCAAGCUGGUGCAAGAUGGUUCCAAAUGGACAAUCCGGGUUCCUCCUUCGCUCAAGAAUGGCCAGUACAUGAUCAGACACGAACUUGCCGCAGUUCACAAUCCUAAGACCAGCAACCCCACUUCUGGCCCUCAACUCUAUAUUGCGUGCAUCCAACUAGAAGUCGUCAACGGUGGACAGACUUCGCUUCCAGAAGGCACUCAAGCCGGAAAAUUGUACCUCACCAAUGGAGCCUUUGCCAACACUGAUGUCUACAACGGUGCAUUCAACCCGAAUAACGUGAAGAUUCCGGGGCCUGCCGUCUGGGACGGCGCCACGGCUGGUAAACGCGAUACGAUUCCAAUCAGCAACUCGACCCUAGAGGUUGAAGAACGAAACGCCAUUACGAAACGGGACGCUGCUGCGCGGCGCGCACAUAUGGCGGCUCGGUCCCACUAG